AUGAGGUGUGUAGCGCUUGUCUAUAUGACAUUUCUUUUCAAGCUCGCUAGUUGCAAUGGUGAAGAUGAUAAGGUGCGCAAGUUACAGAGGGAGCUUGGAGAAACAGACUGCAAAGAGAUUGCAGAACUUCAAGCUCUUUUAGAUGACAAAACUGAAGAAGAGUUGAAUUUAAUGUUUUGUGCGGUACCAGAAGAAGAUGUGGAAUUCAUAAGGGAGAUUUUUUCAGAAAUAGACCUCCAAGAAGAUGAGGACCAGGAUGCUACAGACUAUGGAUCAAAGCCAGGUAUCCUCGAAAUCACUCGUCUCAACAGGGAGCAUUUUUCGCAAUACGAAACAGACUAUAGAGGAGUGUUUCAUACAACAUAUUUUCCAAAAAGUACACGGGCUCUAUUUUCAGUUCUUGAGUACGGGAAGGCCGUAUGGACUGCUGAAGAUGGCGAAGAAUGUCGAGUCGUGGAGGUUCACUGCACAGACGAAUACCUGAUGAUAGUCCUCCAUCUUUACAAGCAUGGCAAAUUGUAUUUCAAGCACCUUUUGAAGGUAAAGGAGAAAUGGAUAGAGAUAAGUCUGGGUGAAUUUUUCGUACGUUUAAACAGAUCAAUGAACAAGACAGGUAAUUUGAAGACUAAUGGACCAGUUCCAUCUGAAGAAGAGAUUGUCAGUCGUCUUUGA